UACCGCCCUUGCACCGCCCCUCGCAGGACUGUGCUUCCGCUUCCCGCCGGUGCAGCGGCCUCGGAGUUCCACUUCCCGUCAGCCGCGGCGGCUAUGGCGAGUUACACGAAGGCGGCCCAGCAAUGGGCUACUUUUGCCAGAGCCUGGUAUCUUCUUGAUGCAAAGUUGCAGCCACCAGGAAAAAUAGCAGCUGAGACUGUACUCAGACUUGAAGGCAGGCAUAAACCUAUUUAUCACGCGCUAAAUGACUGUGGAGAUCAUGUUGUUGUAAUAAAUACAAAACACAUUGCCUUCUCUGGUAACAAGUGGGAACAGAAAGUGUAUUCGUCACAUACUGGCUAUCCUGGUGGUUUCAAACAAGUGACAGCAACUCAACUCCAUUUAAAGGAUCCAACUGCUAUAGUUAAACUCACUGUUUAUAGAAUGCUUCCAAAAAACCUUCAGAGAAGAACUAUGAUGCAGAGACUGCACCUGUUCCCAGAAGAUGUUAUUCCAGAAGAUAUAGAGAAGAAUCUUCUACAAGAGAUUCCUCAGCCACGUGUAGUCCCCAAGAGGUUAGAUGAAUAUACACCAGAAGAAAUUGCUGCAUUUCCAAGGGUUUGGACUCCACCUGAAGAUUUUCGAUGGAAGUAACAACAGUGGAAGAAGCACCAUCAGAAAUGUCUCUUCUCCUUGAAAACCAGUUCUUCUACCAUGGAAGCAUCUGUGCAUCUCUGUAAAUCCUUCUGUACAGAAUGUUUCUGAUUAGCAAACUUUAUUUGGAAAGAUUAUAAAAAUUACUGUAUUUGAAACAGUUAAGAAUAGAUGUUGUUAAUGCCAGCUGUACUCUGGUGUGUAAUUGGGAAUUUGUUAAUUACAAUGGAUUUAAUAGUAUUAUGAAAGAAUUGAUACGUUUUUUAUGAAUAUUGCACCUCAUAGGAACAGUAAACUGUUUACUGAAGUUAAGUAUCUCACACUAAAGAUUGCAAAGCUUGAAUUCCAUGCAGUAAGAGCAGUUGUGGUUGCAGAGCUCCCAUAAACGGCAUACUGUCGGUAAAUGAUCUGAUUUGCUUUUCUAGUAAAAGAGGUGAUCACUCCA